AUGCGAGGGGAAUUCAAUGGUUUGAAAGCUUUGAUAUUACAAGAGAAUGACAUGGCUUUUUAUGUACAUUGCUUUGCACACCAACUUCAAUUAGUAGUUGUGGAUGUAGCAAAGAAGUAUGAUGGUGUUAGUGACUUUUUUGAGCAAAUUUCGUUGGUGGUUAAUGUUGUUUGUGUCUCGUGUAAAAGAAAAUACUUACUACGAGAGCAAGCAAGAGAAAGGGUGCAAAAAGGCUCAUGUAGUGGUGAACUUGAAACCGGAAGAGGGUUAAAUCAAGAGACUACACUUGUUCGAGCGGGAGAAACAAGAUGGGGUUCACAUUUCAACACACUCACAAGUUUGAUGAAGUUGUUUGCGGAUGCUCUUGGAGUUUUAGAUUUUGUGAAAAAUGAGGGAGGGUCAUUGGCAAACCGUCAACAAGCAUAUGGAAUCUUAGCAUAUUUUAAAUCAUAUGAGUUCGUGUUUUACUUACAUAUGAUGUAUGGCAUUUUACACCUCACGGGUACAUUGUCAAUGCAACUUCAAAAAAAAAGAUCGAGACAUUUUAGAACCGGCUUCGAUGAUAUGGAAGAGUUGUAUAUUGGUGCGAGAAACAGUAGCACUACAAAGACAUAUAGGUUUCAUUUUGAGGUUGAAAUCUUCAACACGAUGGUAGAUAUGCAACUUACAGAAUAUCGGGAUCGAUUUAGUGAAACAAGCACCCAAUUAUUAGAAUACAUGGGUGCUUUGAGCCCUUGUGUUUCAUUUGUACAAUUUGAAAAAUCAAAGUUAUUGAAGUUGGACCUUGAAGAACAACUUGAGAUAUUUUAUCACUCUAGCAUCAAAGAUGAGCACUUCACUAGUUUGAAAGGAAUUUCCGACCUUUCUCUUAUGAUGGUUAGUACGGGGAAGCAUCGAUCUUAUCCUUUGGUUUAUAAGCUUUUAAAGUUAGCUUUGAUAUUACUCGUAGCGACCGCAAGUAUAGAAAGAUGUUUUUCGAAGAUGAAGCUCUUGAAGACCAACUUGCGUAACAAAAUUGGCGAUGAAUUUUUGAACGACACAUUGCUUUGUAAUGUCGAGACCGAAGCACUUGCGAAAGUUGAAAAUGAAAAAGUAAUUGAGCGGUUUCAAAAGAUGUCUGUACGAAGAGGACAAAUUUAA